UUAUUAUACUCAACAUGACCCUCCCCUCAUUUUUUGUUGCUUAGCUUUUGGAAGAGAAUAUCUACUUCUUCUCUCUUAGUUUACCCUAAUUCAAACCCAUCUUACUCUCUCUCUUUUCUUCUUCCUUCUUCUUUUUCAACCUCUUUCCUUUAGAAUCUCUUAAAUGAUAAAAAGGGUUGAUCCCUAAUGGCUUCAACUUCUAGAAUUAUGGACAAACCCCCUCAACAACAACAACAACAACCACCAUCCGCUACUCUAAAGUGCCCUCGUUGCGAUUCUUCCAACACCAAAUUUUGUUACUACAACAAUUACAGCCUCUCUCAACCAAGGCACUUCUGCAAAGCUUGCAAACGUUAUUGGACUCGCGGCGGAACCCUAAGAAAUGUCCCCGUCGGCGGCGGUUGCCGGAAGAACAAGCGCCUCAAAACUUCCUCUUCCUCCUCUUCAGUCAAUGCUACUUCCACGUCAACCCCAAGUCAAAACCCUCGCCUAAUUCACAACUCUAUCAAUUCUACUACUACUCCUCCUAAUAUUGUUUCUUCAAAUCAUAUCAACAGCCCAAUGUUCUUUGGGUUGGAUUCCAUUGGUGGUGGUGGUUUAGGGUUUUCCUCUUCUGGUCUUCUCUCACAAUUCCAUGAUCUCCAUCAACAACCCUUCAAUUCAAAUCACUUCCCUCAUCCCACCAUCUCCUUUGAUCGAACUUCCCACCUUUUGGGUAAUUUCGAACCAAGUUUGAUGACGCCGAUGAAGGAAAUCAAGAUGGAGGAUUUGAACAGGUUGUGCCAAAAUCAAACGGAGCAAAUCGAUCUAUCGAAUUUUUCCGACCCUUCUUCGAUCUAUUGGAACUCGGGAACAACGGCAACGGGCAAUUGGCAUGAUCCGACGAAUAAUAAUGGGUCCUCAAUUGCUUCUCUAUUCUAGUAUCUGUAUUUCUAUCUCCCUCUCUAUUUUUAAGGGGAAAAAAAAAGGAAAAUUAAAAAAAGAAAAAUAAAGUUGAGGAGCAAAGACGAGAGGAGUGGGAUCGGAGCGAUCAUGUCAGCUGCAAAAGAUGUGGGAUUGAGAAUUUCAUAGGUAAUUGCGCUGAGAGGAACCUCGGAUCCUCUUUCAUUUCGUCACUUUAUAAUAUUAUAGCAUCCUAUAAACCAAGUUUUUUUAAAAAACUUUUGAACAACAACUUCCUUCAUAUCCUUAGUUUGAUGCCAAUUUCAACAUAUAGAAACUAGAUGAGCCUUUAGCUUCUUCGGGUGUACUUAAUUAUUUACAUGCAUGCAUUCAAAAGGAUCGGAUACUUUUUUUCUUUCCCCCUUUUUUUGGGUAUAUAUAGUUAAGGGUAUAGGAAGAGAGAUGAUAAGAGGGAGAUUUGUUAUUUUGUAAUGGUGAUUAUGAGACUUAGAUAUGGUUAAAUUUAAUGUUAAUUAUAUCUAUGUCAUAUUCCUUUUUCUCUAUGUGAUAUGUUAGAGGAAACAUGUAUAAUAUAAUUUAUAUCUUCAUUUUCAAUUUCAUUGUGAUAUGAGAAAUUUGUUGGUUA